AAGUUCCAUUGGGAGCUCUGGGUCCUUGGUUGAGCCAGUCACAUCCAGAGUACAGGAGCCAGACCCUAGAACCCUGCACUGUGGAGAGGGUGAUCUUCACAGCUGACUUUCCACAAAAACAUCACCAGUGCGGAACUGUCAAGUACCAAUCGAGGUGGACGGGGGAUUUGGGCAUUGCCGGAAUUUUCCCUUUCGGGUCGGUAGAUCCCGCGGCUGAAGUGCCCUAGCCCAGCCACCACCUGCUGGCAGCGUUUGUGUGGAAGUUGCAGGUGAAGUCGAGUGGCAGGCAGUACUCCAGCCUAUUAGGGAGUACUUUGGUAGCCAAGCACGUGUGCAGGUCCCUGGAUAUCCUGGCUUCUGUGUAAUUGAUUCCUGGAGAGGGGAGCCUCCCAAUUUGUUAACUAUCCAAAUGAUGGGUGAAUGAAGACAACAUGGCACAGUAGAAACACUGCUUACAGAGGAAAUGCGAUGCUGAAUGAAAAAGACAAAGCAAUGCGUGGGACAACGAUGACAGAAGAUGUGCUGCGGUGGAACGAGGAAGAUUUUGUGAAGAAUUCGACGUACCUCGUGGUGGACCAGGAAUGGGAGGAGGAAGGAUCGCAGCAGCCCAGAGCAGAGGGAACCCUUCCCAGAAAUCUCUACCUCAAGUAUAAUGAGCAAAAUGAAGUGUUGGGUGUGUGCAGCAAAGAAUACAUUCCACAAGGCACGCGGUUCGGGCCGCUGGUGGGACAGGUGUACCGCAGGGAUGAAGUGCCAAAGGGAGCCAACAGGAAAUACUUCUGGAGGGUGUACGACGGGGAGGAAUUCCAGUUCUACGUGGACGGGUACGACACCACGAAGAGCAACUGGAUGCGAUACGUCAACCCAGCGCACAGCGGGGAGGAACAGAACCUGGUGGCCUGCCAACACGACAUGAAGAUCUACUUCUUCACUAUCAAGCCUGUUCUACCUGAUACUGAGCUGCUGGUCUGGUACUGUCGAGAGUUUGCAGAACGGCUCAACUACCCUCCAAGUGGGGAACUGAUGAUGCAGAGAAUAAAGCAAGCUCUCCUGAAGGAACCCAGUCUACCUCAUAACAACCCUUCGGACCAGACAGCAAACAAUAACAAUGACAAUAUUCCCAUAGACUUCAGCAAGGGCAGGUCCAACAAUGCCUCGCCUGUCAGCCCAACCAAUGGGCACGCCGCGUCGCCCCAAAGCCAAGUACAAGUUCCUGUGCCAAAUGCUGCUAGCAUCUCUCUACCAGUUACAAGCGAGAGGCAAGAUGGAAAGGAGAGAAAUGGACUAGCCAAUGGCCACUCAGAUGAAACACGUUAUAGCCUCAAGCCCCUGCCUAGUUCCUUCUUUCUCCCAGGCACAGUGGCAAAUGGCACCCCAAACACCACCGUUGUGAGCCCAACGGAGGCUACAAAAGCCCACAUAUUCCCCAGCCUACCAGGUCUUCCCAAACCUCCAGCCUUGCUUCCAAACCUCCCCUACCUCAAUGGUUACACGCCUCCGUUUCCAUUUGUCUACCACGACGCACAUGCGAGGUUUGGUUUGCUUCGCCCGCCGUUCGACAAUGCCCUCCUGAGAAAUGGUCACCGGUUGCCGCCCUCCGACCUGAGAAUGCUGGGAACCGGCCCUGUGAUGACGCCGCCUCUGGGUAGAAUCGGGGACAUGCCUCACGGUAUGAUCAAAGUGAAGACGGAGCCUUCCGAUAUCAGCAACAACAACAGGGAGAGAGCAGAACUGUCGGUGCCAACCUCACCCUACAUGGGCCAGUCAGUGGGGAACAGCAGGAACGGUGACACAGCCAGCCCCAGUAAGCCCAGGAGGCAGAUCCAGGGGUACAAGUCGCUUCCGUACCCCCUCAUCAAGAAGAACGGGAAGAUCAGCUACGAGUGCAACGUGUGCCACAAGGUGUUCGGGCAGCUGUCCAACCUGAAGGUGCACCUGAGGGUGCACAGCGGCGAGCGUCCCUUCAAGUGUCAGACCUGUGGCAAGGGCUUCACCCAGCUGGCUCAUCUACAGAAACAUCACCUGGUGCACACAGGUGAGAAGCCCCACGAGUGUCAGAUCUGCCACAAACGUUUCAGCAGCACCAGUAACCUAAAGACCCACCUGCGGCUACACAGUGGGGAGAAGCCUUACCAGUGCAAGCUGUGUCCAGCCAAGUUCACACAGUACGUCCACCUGAAGCUGCACAAGCGCCUCCACGGCCGCGACCGCCCGUACCAGUGUCAGCACUGCCACCACGCGUACGUCUACAGGUGCCAGCUCAUGCUGCACCAGACCAAGCCCUGCACUCCCGACGACGACGGCAACGUGCCCGCCUUCCCUCCGGAGGAGUGUGAUGAGCACUGCGGCGGAUGUUCAGGAGAAUGCGAGGAGAGUGACGCGUCCGAUGGCGAGGUCAGCAGGAAUGGAGAAGAAAACGUCUCAAGCCAACAAGAAAACAGUGCUGCAGCCACAGGCCAGAAGUACACCUUGCUGGAGGCAGCGAAGAAGCACCCAAUGAUGGACACGUCAGAUGACGGCGAGACCUACAGCAGCAAAAGCAGCCCAAGCAACAUCAGCGACGGUAGCGGCAGCGAGGAAAGUGGUUUCGGAACCAGCACUAGUGUGAUGUCAGAGGGCCACGAAGAGGAGACGGCCAUGAGAGAGAACUUGUCAAAACAGGACGUUGAAAUGUCUGCUGUUUAGAAAAAGAUAGAAGCACAAAAAAGUGACCUUAACAAUGAUUGUUGCAACAUCGAUUCCUACAGGGUAAAUUUGUUCCGUCAUUCUAAACUUCAUGCACAAUUGGGAAACAAAGAUUACAGUUAAACUUUGUUUUCACAUUUUCACGCAAAUACACCAUUCCAAAUUAGCAUUGCAGCGACAGCAAACAAAAUUCUUAACUGCUGCAUUUGACAAUCAAACAACUUAUUUGCCUAAAAUAGUGAUUUUUGUUUUAAACAAUAUACCAUCACAUAGUUACUAUUACAGGAAAGGUUGAACCAUCAACACACCUAGAGACUGAACUAUGCAACUGGAGCAGGCUCCUUAUGGUACACAAACAACCUCAUCAAUGUUUACUCUUUGUAUUUGUUCAUAGAAAUAGCAAUAAUGUUCAAUCAACAACACUGGACAAUCACCCAUAUUGUCGGUAACCUGUUUUCUAGUUAGACCUUUUGGCAUAUCUUCAAAAAAGUCUUAAUUACUUCCUUUGUGAAAUAUGUUUAUAUCUCUUAGGAAGAAAUGUGAAUUGUUACUGUCUAAUAUAGAGACAGAGGAAAUACUAUGUAUUGAUAAUCAUUACUUCUCAAUAGGGCCCAAAUAGCACCAACAGUGUAGCAAAGCUUUUUCAGUGACAAGACAAAUUUUGUAAAAAAAAAAAAGAAAGUAACAGUUUUGUCUACCUUGUACACGAACAGUUUGGGAGAAAUGCGAAUACAGAAUUAUUAUUUCUCUAAUCUUCUGUAUGUUAAACUAAUUUAACCAUUGAAUAAUCUGUAUCUGACAUUCACAUAUUUAUUAUUUCAAAUAUUAUAUAUGUAUAAAUGCAAACGUUCCAUGUCACCAAAGCCACAAAUACCUCAGUUUCAAGACCAUACAGUAUAAUUUGUACAUAUUGUUUACAUUCAAUUGCACAGUUUUAUAUAUUAUCUUCACUGUGAAUUCCUCACAAAGAAGAUAUACCCACCUGUUUUAUAUAUAUCUUUGUUCCUAUGUACACACUUAAACCUUUUUGUUCACUCCAAAUUUUAUAUUCUAUAACAGAAUAACAAUUACUUUAGGUUUGUUGCUAUAUAAACUACUUGUAGUUCUGAUCUUCUAUGUUAAAAUUUGGUAACUGUUUAGCUUGUUAAAGAAAGACGUAUGUGUUCUUGGUUGCUGCAUUCAUUGAGAGAGUUAAAACCCAGUCUAGUUAUUGCCUGAAAGAAGUAGAUAUUGCACUGCGUUUGUAAGCAAAUCAGGUAGAAUGAGCUUUUGCGCAUUGUCUUUGAAUACUCCUCAUUGAUAAGUUCAUCUGAAUAGACAGUCAUGAUAAGUAAUAGAUAUCAUGACUGUAUUGUAUCAAGGACAUUAUAUAGUGUCCUUGGUUGUAUAAAUAUGGAUUGUUGAAGACAAUGGUAAGAACCCAGUUUUUGUUAGUUACCUCUCAAGUCAGGAAAAUGUAUUGUUUGGCUGAAUUUGUGCGACUGAAAACAUUGGUUAUCAAUUUGAACCAAUGGUUUGGUUGGGUUUUGCUAGAUGCAAGAAGCUUGCAAGAUUUGCAGUGGUUUGCCAAACUGUUGACUAUGCACAUGUUUUCCUUUACUAUAAUAGUGCUAUAUUAGCAAUAUUUUGCCAAAAUGAUAGAAAACCUGUUGCCAAAGUUCUCUACCUUGAGAAAGUUGCAAAGUUCUUCAUCCAAACUGGUUGAAUUGUGAUUUCAUGUUGCUCUCGCAAGUGUUUCUUGCAAGUGUUCUAUUGAUAGGAAUAGGUGAUAACUUUUGUCUUUGUGUAAAUAAUAAUUUCACAAUGGUUGGGUCUGAUGGAUUGGGAAUUAACAUAUAGGGAUGUGGGUUGGAUUGAUAUGAACAUUAUUUGACUAUAAUUAAUUUCUCUGGGUUAUUUGAUCUUGACUGUAUGAAGUUCACCUUGCUUUUGGUAAUUUGGGAGCUGUCUUUAUAGUGCUGCACAUCAUUAAUAAUUUCUCCUUGUUCUAAUUGUGAACAAAUUUAGGGGGUGAUUAUCUAAUUUUGCUUGGUUAUGAUGGAAUCUAACUUGGAAUUAUUAGCUAGGUGAGAAUUAAUUAGUAAAGAAAUAAUCAAGAAUAUUAUUCUCAGGGUCAAAUGCACAAUUGCUGCAAAUCUUGUAUGGAAAGAAUGUGUUCUGUUUUCUUCUCUUUAUGUAUAGAUGAUUAUGAUUUCUCACAUUCAAUAACUACACUUUGUCAGUAUAUUUCUGUUGGUAUAUUUCUGGUGGAAGGAUAUAUUUAUGUACAGUUGUUCUACAAAUGCCUUGCCAUACAUACUCGCACUUGCAAAACAUACAUAACCAACAACUUACAGAAGAUGAAUCUAUUUUUCAUACACAGGAAAUUUUGUGAGAAAAAAUGUUUACUGAAAUAAAUCAAUUGAGAA